CUUGGCUCCCAGAUGGCCAAUUCCCUGAACGGCCGGAACCCACGCAAGGGACGGAUCUUGGGCUUCAUCGAUGCCAUUCAGGAUGCUGUGGGCCCCCCCAAGCAGGCAGCUGCCGACCGCAGGACUGUGGAGAAGACCUGGAAGCUUAUGGACAAAGUGGUAAGAUUGUGCCAAAACCCAAAGCUUCAACUCAAAAACAGCCCACCUUAUAUACUUGACAUUCUACCUGAUACUUAUCAACAUUUGCGACUUAUACUGAGCAAGUAUGAUGAUAACCAGAAACUAGCACAACUCAGUGAGAAUGAGUAUUUUAAAAUCUACAUUGACAGUCUUAUGAAGAAAUCAAAACGGGCCAUAAGACUCUUUAAAGAAGGAAAGGAAAGAAUGUAUGAAGAGCAGUCACAGGACAGGAGAAACCUUACAAAGCUGUCUCUCAUCUUCAGCCACAUGUUAGCAGAAAUCAAGGCUAUUUUUCCAAAUGGACAAUUCCAGGGUGAUAACUUUCGCAUCACCAAAGCUGAUGCUGCAGAUUUCUGGAGAAAAUUCUUUGGAGAUAAAACUAUAGUGCCAUGGAAAGUGUUCAGGCAGUGCCUUCAUGAGGUUCAUCAGAUUAGCUCUGGUUUGGAAGCAAUGGCUCUUAAAUCUACUAUUGACUUGACCUGCAAUGACUACAUUUCAAUUUUUGAAUUUGAUAUCUUCACUAGAUUAUUUCAGCCGUGGGGGUCAAUCUUAAGGAAUUGGAACUUCUUAGCUGUGACACAUCCUGGAUACAUGGCAUUCCUGACGUACGAUGAAGUGAAAGCAAGGCUGCAGAAAUACAGCACCAAACCUGGAAGCUACAUUUUCAGACUGAGUUGCACUCGCCUGGGCCAGUGGGCCAUUGGGUAUGUGACGGGUGAUGGGAACAUCCUGCAGACCAUACCUCACAAUAAGCCUCUGUUUCAAGCUUUGAUCGAUGGCAGCCGGGAAGGAUUCUAUCUUUUCCCAGAUGGACGAAGUUAUAAUCCUGAUUUAACAGGAUUAUGUGAGCCCACACCACAUGAUCACAUAAAAGUCACACAGGAACAGUAUGAAUUGUACUGUGAAAUGGGUUCCACUUUUCAGCUGUGUAAAAUCUGUGCAGAGAAUGACAAGGAUGUGAAGAUAGAGCCUUGUGGACACCUUAUGUGCACUUCUUGUCUUACAGCAUGGCAGGAAUCAGAUGGCCAAGGCUGCCCUUUCUGCCGCUGUGAAAUCAAAGGAACAGAACCAAUCAUUGUGGAUCCCUUUGAUCCCAGGGAUGAGAACUCUAGGUGCUGCAGUAUUAUGGAUAGCUUUAGUAUGCCCAUGUUGGACUUGGAUGAUGAUGAUGAUAGGGAAGAGUCUCUAAUGAUGAAUCGUUUGGCUUCAGUCCGAAAGUGCAAUGAGAGGCAGAAUUCACCAGUGACUUCCCCAGGAUCUUCCCCUCUUGCACAAAGAAGAAAACCACUUCCAGACCCCCUGCAAAUCCCACAUAUUAGUCUUCCACCUGUCCCUCCCCGUCUGGAUCUGAUUCAGAAGGGAGUAGCACGGUCACCAUGUGCCAGCCCAACUGGGUCACCAAAGUCUUCUCCCUGCAUGGUGAGGAAACAGGACAAGCCUUUGCCAGCGCCGCCACCUCCCCUGCGAGACCCUCCACCGCCGCCGCCGGAGCGGCCUCCCCCGAUGCUGCCGGAGAGCCGGGCGGGCAGACACCUGCACCACGCCGAGGGCCUGCCUGCCAGGGACCAGCCCGCGCCCCUGGAAGGAUGGUGUCCCAGGGAUGCCUUCGCCACCGCCCAGCUGGCCGGCUGCCGGGGCGCGGGCGACGCUUCCCCCAAAGCAGGACUGACCGCCGUGUCAAACGUAAGCGGGAGGCACGGCCGCGUGAGCUCCGAGCAGGGAUUUGUGAGGAAGCACAGACGUCAUGAGAUGCCUGCAGAAGGUGCCAAGGUUUUUUCAAAUGGUCAUCUGAUAAAUGAAGAAUAUGAUGUCCCUCCACGGCUUUCACCCCCUCUUCCAGCUGGCUCCAUCAUCCCUAGUAUAAAGUGCCCUGGUCCUUCAGCAAAUUCUCUCUCUGAUAAAUCAAGGGAGUACCCAGAUGAUGAUGAUGAUGAAUACAAAAUUCCUUCUUCACACCCUGUAAUACUGAGCUCACAACCUCCUCAUAGUCAUAAUAUAAAACCUCUUGCUCGGGCGUGCGAGAAUGGCCAGUGUGCGAAUGGAACGCAUGGUGCUACUUCCGAGAUAAAGAAAUCUAAACAUCCUGAGUCAGGAGAUGUCUAUGAUGCACCUACUGUUCCGGUACCUUUGCCUCCUGCACGGCCUCCUGCCAGAGACAACCCCAAACACAGCUCUUUGCUCACCAGGACACCCUCCGAUUAUGAUCUUCUGGUGCCCCCUUUAGGUGAAGACAACUCGCCCCCCUCACUUCCCCCACCACCACCACCUGCUCGGCACAGCAUGAUUGAGCACACAAAACCUGCUGGCUCAGGGAGCCGACCCUCUUCAGGACAUGAACUGUUCCUUCAUUCUGAUCCCCAUUUUGACCCAAUAACUGGUCACGUUCCUUUGCCACCUGCUCGGAGAGCCCCUGGAGAAAAUGUCAAAACAAAUAGGACAUCUCAAGACUAUGAUCAACUUCCUCCAUCUUCAGAUUGUUCACAAGCACCAGCCAGGCCCCCUAAACCACUUCCUCGAAGAGCUGCACCAGAAAUACAUCACAGGAAAGCAUACAGCUCUGACAGUUCCACGGAAAAUGUGGAUGCAAAAAUUGCAAAACUCAUGGGAGAGGGCUAUUCCUUUGAAGAAGUCAAGAGGGCACUUGAAAUUGCCCAGAAUAACAUUGAUGUGGCCCGUAGUAUUUUAAGAGAGUUUGUCUGUUUUCCUCCACCAGUCUCCCCGCGUCUCAAUCUAUAG